UUUUGCCCUAAUUUACAACUCGCCUUUCAAAACCUAACAUCUUCAAAUCCCUAAUCCAAUCUCCAGACGCUGUAGAAGAGAUCCGCUGACAUGGAAUAUGCCUGCGGAGACUCGAGCCGCCCCAAUCGGUCUUCCCCCGCGGAAGAUGAGGUGAAGCGGCACACCGAUUGCCUCUACUUCCUCGCCUCUCCUCUCACCUGCAAAAAGGGAAAUGAGUGUGAGUUUCGCCACAGUGAAGGUGCUAGGGUUAACCCUAGGGACUGCUGGUACUGGUUAAAUGGUAACUGCAUGAAUCCAAAAUGUUCGUUCCGACAUCUGCCACUCGAUGGCUUGGUAGGAACUCCGGGGACGGCUUCUGCAGGAUCAUCUCUGCCUGCGUCUCAAGCUACUGCAUCAAUGCAAAUGCCUGCUACACAUACUGCUGGUGCUUAUAACUCAAACAAACAGGGUGUUCCUUGCUUUUAUUUUCAGAAGGGGGUUUGUUUAAAGGGUGAUAGAUGCCCUUUCAUGCAUGGAUCGCAGCCAAUCAAUAAUUCAGCCCAGCAGCAGGUGCCAAGGGUUGCUGCCUCUGUUACUGAACCUCCCCAGGCUCUUCAGCAAGCUAUUGGGGCCAUCAAAAAAUGUUCCACCCAGCUGAAGAUUCCUAAAGUACAUACUGUGAAGCCAGUUGAAAUUCCACCAACAGCAGAACCUGACACUAAAGCUGAAACUCUACUGAAUAAUGGAGUAGCAAUUAAGAAAAAUCUGCCACCCAACCUUUUGGUUGAUGGGCUUCCUAGACUUAAACCAGCAACUGCUCCAGUUGUCAGUGCAAAUAUUGUUAGGCCUCUUAGUCAGCCGGUUCAGUGGCCAUCAGAGCACUUCCUGAAUGGUAGGGAGGCUGGUGAGUUCUUCGGGGAGUCUUCUCCCGGUUUCGAUGUUCUUGUGGAAGAUGAGGUUGAUGAUUCCGAUUACUUCUGUCAUGAGAACGACUUGCGAAAAAACCCAGGUCAGAUUGGAAAGCGUCUGAACUCGGUGAAUAAAUUCGACCAUGAUUCUGCAUCCAAACACAGUUCUCGGGAUCGGGUACCAUAUGAUGAUUUUAGUGACCAUAACAGGUACAGACGGUUGCAAGAUCAGUCUGGUUGGGAACAUCAGAGGGAUUCUUCUGAGAGGAUUUUGGAGAGGCCAUCUCUGCUGGAAAGGGGGUCUCGGGUGGAGGGAAGCCCUGAUCGAAUCAACGGGUCGGACCUGCGUUACCAGCUAUCAAAGCGAAGAAGGGUUAAUGGGUCAAGGUCAGCUACUAGUUCUGAUCGUCAUGCUGAGUUCUAUUGGAGGGAUGAUCGCUACACUGAGGAACAAGGACAUCGAGGUCGUUCUCACUCAGACCAACGGCAUCCUCUCGAGAGCUCCAUUAGCAAUCGUCUGCAAGGUAGAAUUAUGCUUCCAGAAAGAUCUUCACCAGAAAAAGAUUUGUAUUCUGAUAGAGAAAUGGACAGGAGAAGUUACCGAGUCAGAUCAUCAUCACCUGGCAGGUUGAUAUCCCACCAGGGAAGGCACCAUGACAGAUUAAGACGGACGCAAGAGGACUUAACUACAGAGAUGAGAAACGUUAGGAGCCGGCAGAUGAAAAGACAUGAACCUGAAAAUUUAAAAUUUGCAGCUCCAAAAAGUCUCUCAAAGCUGAAAGUUGCGAAGGUUUCUGAUAACAGUGAGGGAAUAUUGAUCAAGAGGGGCAAUGCGUCUGUAUUUAAAAAUCGAGUUGUUGUCGGGGAGCAGAAAAACAUGAAGUUGGGAAAAGUUGUUCAUCAAGAGCCUGAAGGUUCUCUAUCCUUUGAGGGCCCCAAGCCGCUGAGCGUGAUCCUGAAGAGAAAGAGAGAAGGGAUGUCUGGGAAUGGCCCAGUUUCUAUUGAUGAGGAAAGCAAUAAGAGAGAACAUGCCUCAGAUACAGCAGUAACAGAAACACAGACUGUUGCAUCUGUAAUGCCCACGAUAGAAGCCAACCAUGAUUUUAGCAGCCAUGAAGAGCCCAGUGGGGUUACUGUCAACACAGUUGGAACUUCAGAGCAAGAAGAAGAAUAUGAAGAAGGUUUGAUAGCUAAAGAAGGUGAUGAAUUGGUUCAUGGUGACCAAUCUUCACCUCAAAAGGAGGAUACUGUGAACAUGGAAGACAGUAUGAAGCUUGAAACGAUGGAAGAUCAAGAGCUUGGAAUGUAUGAUCAGAGAGACGGGGAGUAUGAUUAUGAGCCAGAUGAGGGUGGAGACAGCAAAAUGGAAGAAAAAAAUGCAGACGACCCAGAAGAUGAAUGCUUCGACGAUGAAGAUGACUUUGCAAGGAGGAUAGGGGUGUUGUUCGAGUAGGAAGAUAUAUUGAGUGGAGAAGGCAGAGGGAGGUGUGUAAGUCAUUUUACUCACUGAAUUGUUGCCAAUCAAUAUGCUCUCGUAUAUGGCCUUUCCUGCAAAGUGCAAGGAAGUGGGUUCAUUUAUUGAGAGCUGACUGAGCUUAAGUGGAUUUUGAGCUAGGGUGCCUUGAGCUGUUCUGUACUUCUGCUGGCUCUGUGGUUUCCUCAAGUGGGUUGGAUUUGAAUCUUGAAUUUGUACCACUACAUUUCAAACUGAUCCAUACAUGUAAUAUUUAUUUGGUAAUUGAUGCCAUCCUCGCUGUUUAAGUUUCUGAA